CAUCAUAGUAAUUUUUGAGUGGCCCUCCAAACCCAAACUUCACUCAGAACAGCCAACUAAUUGAUCAAUGCACAGCUACGAUAGUCGAGGGAGAAAGGUAUGAAUUAAAAGAUGGGAAAAGAUUUCUUUACUUCCCAAAUUAUUGAAUUGCAUGUGGAUGAAUACCAAGAAGGGCUUGAAUUGAGGAAUUCUUCGGCAGCUAGAGUGAAUGGGGCAUGAGAUCGAGGUUCCCAUCAUAAAUGUUCAUCAUAAGCUUUGAAGCCUUGCAUAUUGGAUGCUUAGAUUAGGAACGCCCCAGUCCCCUCCAAGUUUUUGGGCUUUUCCCUAAGGAUGGAUCGAUCUCACCACAAUAAGAGAAAUAGAAAUAGAAAUAGAAAUAAAAAUAAAAAUAAAAACAAAAAUAAAAACUAGAUUUGUUUCAUCAUCUUCCUCUCCCUCUUCCUCUUUCUCUUCCUCUUUCUCUUCCUCAUCAAGAAGGGAUAUCAAAUCCAAGUUUGAGAUUAAUAACAAGAGGAUCUUAUCUAUCUUGCAAUCCUCUUCUCUUUCUCUUCCUCUUCCACUCUAUUUACCAAAACAAACAUAAUCCUCCCAUCUUCCCUAUCACCCCGCAUACCAACCUCUUUACUUUUCUUUCAUCAGUCACCAAUCAAAGUCCAACGAGAUCCAACUUCAAGGUUGACUCAACAAUCACCAUCACCGAAAGAGAGACAGAGAGAGAGAGAGAGAGAGAGAGAGAGCUUAUUCUCUAAUCUCACUCCGUAAUUCCGGCUCUUCCGUCAACAGCUAGCUUUGAUCCAACCCCCAAUUAAUAAGUGCCGACGGUCUAUGGUUAAAUACUUCCAAACACAUCUCUCGGUAUUAAUCAUCGUACUGCAGUGGGAUCUGCAACUUACUCGCGUAUAACCUUUUAUAUCUAUCUAAUUAGCUUCCGUUCAACUUUCGACAGAAGACAAAACACACACAAACACAUAUUCUCAUCAUGUCGGCCCUCAAGAAGCGCCUCAGUAAAUUGAUCCCAGAUCGCAUGGGCAAGAGUAAUAACAAUAGCAACAAUUCGAGCAACGAAAAUGUUCCACAGCUUGCAGAUGGAAUUGAAGGUUCCUCUGGAUCCAAUGGACCAUUAUCAAGCACCCCUCAAAACAAUGGUGCUCAAACGCCAGAGCGAUCAAACUCCCGACGAGUGAGUCGAGAGAUUCUUGAGCAGAAUAAGGCGAGAAGAAGCAUGGAUAAGGAACGUGCAAAGGCCGAGAAUAAGAAGAAGCAAUCUCUGGCAAGAAUAGAAGAUGAGAAGUUCUUGAAAGAAGGUCCGGCAGCUCUCACACAACUUUAUCGACCAUACAGUAUGAUUCAAAGUAAACAUUGGAGACAUGAGGAGAGAGCCCUAUUCAAGAACAUCAAUUGGGCUGAAAUGGAUGGAAAAAUCAUUAGUUUCAGAGCUCGAAUGCAUACUUUGCGAAGAAUGUCUGCCAAAUUGGUAUUUAUCGUUUUCCGUCAACAGACUAUGACAAUUCAGGGAGUUUUGCAAAGCUUCAAACCUGAGGAAGAACAAAAUGAACAUGGCACAAUUUCCGAACAGAUGGUUAGAACUGUCGAACAUUACCCCGCCGAAACGAUCGUCGUUGUUCAUGCCAAAAUCCGAAAGUCCCUCCAAACUGUCAAGAAUGCUACAGUUCAUGAUUACGAAUUGCAAGUUUACGAAAUCCACAGAGUGGUUCCAUUGACUGAAAAUGUACCAUUCACAGUCUACGAUGCAGAAAAUAUCAACAGAGAAAAGGAAGUUGACAUGGAUGAUGAUUCUGGUGAUGAUUCGGUUGCAGCUAGUCAGCCAAUGUCACCAAUUUCCACAGAUACACCAAGAGGUCCUCCUUCUCGUGCUUCUACUGACCUUGCACGCAAUGCUUUUGCAAAAUUGGAUGAUAAGAAUUUGGAGAGUAGAACUUCUAUGGAUACAUCUCAUCACCAAAAACGAUCCCUCCCACAAAGAGUGAGAUUGAACAACAGAAUUAUCGAUUUACGAACAACUCCAGCCCAGGCAAUCUUCCGUAUCCAAUCGGGAAUUUGCAACCUUUUCCGAUCAUAUCUCGACACCCAAGGCUUCAUUGAAAUCCAUACACCAAAAUUACAAGGAGGUGCUACUGAAUCUGGUGCAACCGUUUUCGAGCUCAACUAUUUUGGAAGACCUGCCUUCUUGGCUCAAUCCCCACAAUUGGCUAAGCAAAUGUGUAUCGCAGCUGAUUUCGAGAGAGUUUAUGAAAUUGGUGCAGUUUUCCGUGCAGAAGAUAGUAACACACCACGUCAUUUGACCGAGUAUACUGGAUUGGAUCUCGAGAUGGCUUUGGAAGAACAUUAUCAUGAGGCUUUGACUCUUAUUGAUGGUAUGUUCAAGAACCUCUGGAAAGGAAUUUACGACCGAUAUCAAAAAGAAAUUGAUCUCAUUGACCAAUUUUACCCCCAUACCAAGGUCGAAUGGCUGGAUGAGACUCCCAGAAUCCCAUUCUCUGUUGGUGUGAAGAUGUUGGUAGAUUCGGGUUGGGUUGAAGAAGAUGGAAGUAUACCGUCGGAAACCGAGGAUCUCUCUACCCGAGCCGAGAUUCGUUUGGGUGCGUUGGUUAAGGAAAAGUAUCAUACUGAUUACUAUAUCCUCGACAAAUUCCCUGCUUCUGUUCGACCAUUUUACACCAUGCCCGAUCCUGAAGAUGAUCGAUUUACUAAUUCUUUCGAUAUUUUCAUGCGUGGUCAAGAAAUUUUGACUGGUGGCCAACGUAUUCACGAUGCUGAAUUUUUGGAAAAACGUAUGAAGCAAAAGGGUGUCAAGCCAGAAAGUAUGUCUGAAUACCUUGAAGGUUUCAGAUGGGGAGCACCACCUCACGCAGGUUGUGGUAUUGGUCUUGAGCGUCUUACAUACCUUUUCCUCAGUCUUGGCAAUAUUCGACUUGCAUCUCUAUUUCCAAGAGAUCCCAAAUCACUUCCAGCUGUACCUCCUACUCUGGUCCUUCGUCACGAGGAUGCAUCCACACUCCACCCAAUAUGGGAACAAGAAGGAAAGGAAUUCACACCCGAAUUACUCCCACCUUUGGAGAAGUUAAUUGCCAAUUAUGGUGAUGCAGCCAAUACCUCUUGGUUAGACAAGCGCUAUCACGUAUGGAGACAUUCGACUACUGGUGCAGCACAAGGUUAUGUCAUCCAUAACUCGUAUGCCAUUAUUGUUGGAGAGCCUCUUUGCGACAAAUCUCAAAUGCCAGCCAUCGUUUCUGCCUUCCUCAAUUACUUGAAUACCGAACAUAAGAAUCUCAAGCCAAUUUGGAUGAUUAUCGGUUCUCGUACCGAAGAAUAUCUUGGUGAAAAGUUCGGUUGGCGUACUUUGUCUCCAGCAGCCGAAGAACGUGCUGAUCCUCGAAAUAACCCCGCAGCUAAGGAUAAUGACUUGGCACGCAAAGUUCGACAUGCUGAAAAGGAGGGUAUCAAACUUCAAACUCUUCCAUUCAAUGAACCAGUUCCAGAGGACUUCAAAGAAAAGGUCAACGCACGAGUCCAAGAUUGGCACAAGAACAGGAAGGGUACCCAAGUUCACCUUACAGAAAUCAGACCUUGGCUUGACGAGGCUCAUCGUAAAUACUUUUACGCUCAAGGCCCUGAUGGAACUAUUCACGCUAUUAAUGUUCUUCAUCAACUCAGUCCUGAAAAUGGAUACCAAGUUAAAUUCUCCCUCGAAUUCCCGGGUGCUCCAUCUGGUACUGUGGAAUCUCUUCUCCUUUACUCAAUGAAACAAUUGAGCGCAGCAGAACCAGAUGUCAAACGUAUUACUUUUGGUACUGGUGCUCAAUCACAUAUUGAAGGUGGAAGAAACUUGGGCAAACAUAGAAUUAAGGCGUUGAAGAAGGCUUAUGAGACAAUCGUUAAGCAAGCAAGAUUAUUGGGCAAGAGUGAGUUCAGAGAGAAGAUGGGUACAUGGAAUGACGGAAUUUAUGUUGCAUAUCCUAAGGGUGGUUUGGGUGCUGGUGGUAUUAGAGCUUUGAUGGGUUUCCUUGAGGAAGAUGGUUAGAUUUCUCACCAUGGAAUUUCUAUUUGUGGAUGCGAAGGUGUGAGAGGGGGAGAUUGUGUGCCUGGGAUGAACUUAUAAUUCUUAAGCAGAAGAAAGUAAUUUCGUGAAGUGCAUUGGAUGACUGGGUUGGGAGAUGGAUGGACGGCAUGGAUGGAUGGGAAAGAUACCUACAUUGCUUUAUUUGUUACUCACUAGGGUUAUUUUCUUUGCUACCUUUCAUUAAUUGUUUGCCAUCGAUUGAGUCGAUAGUAAUUAAGUCGAAGGAAAUUGUAAAUAGAAUAUAACGGAUACACUAAUAGAUGAAUCAACAUGUAUUACCAAGUC